GACAAAUUUUCACUUUUCUCCAGUGCUGCAAAUGAAGGAAGUUAAGCAUCUCAUUGAUAUUUCUUUCUUGAAGAGGGGAACUAGCUUACAGGACUGUGUAAUGAGAACGAAAGUUACAACCGUUCACUGGAACUAUAUUACUUUAAGUAAUUUUGAUUUCCCUUCCACACACCAGUGAGCGAUUAAAAGGAAAAAAAGCCUGCUCGGGUAAGCAAGAUGACAAGCUUUUGUUUAAAGGUGCAACAUCUGAGUGAAACCUUGAAUACGGCUGACAGAAAUGGAAAACCUGAAGACAAUACAGAUGUUGACCAAAAAGAAAAUAAAUUUUUAGAACCACAUAAAAAAGUGACAAAAACUCCACUGAAGCAACAAUCCUCUACCUCACAUUCAGUAUUGGGAGGAAUCAGGCCGGACUUGAGUGCCAUGACCACUCCAACAAAACUUCAGGAACCCCCUGUUGGAGAGCCAUGGACCCCUACUGCUAAUUUGAAAAUGUUAAUCAGUGCUGCUAGUCCAGAGAUUAGGAACAGGGAAAAGAAGAGGGAAUUGCUUGUGGAUGAAGAUCAUACUUCUGAGGCAGUUGAGAAUUUACAGAAUCAGUUAUCUGGGGAAGAAUUUCAUCCAAGUCGCAAAGAGAAGAGCCUUGGUUUGUUGUGCUACAGGUUUUUGGCACGAUAUCCUGACUAUCCAAAUCCUGCAGUGAACAAUGAUAUUUGCUUGGAUGAAGUUGCAGCAGAACUGAAUGUUGAACGUAGGCGUAUUUAUGAUAUUGUCAAUGUUCUGGAAAGCUUACAUAUGGUGAGUCGCCUUGCCAAGAACCGAUACACGUGGCAUGGCCGUCAUAAUCUCGCUCACACACUGGGAACAUUGAAAAAUGUUGGUGAAGAUCAAAAAUAUGCAGAACAAAUGUUGCACAUUAAGAAGAAAGGAUUUGAACUACAUGAGACCUAUAUAAAAGAGCCACUACGUGAACAAAAUUCGACUAACAAAAGUGAAGUGAAGCCCAAAGAGAUGUACUUUGUGGAACUCCCUGGAAUGGAAUUUAGAGCAGCCUCAGUAAAUGGGCGGAAGGACAAAUCCCUGAGAGUAAUGAGUCAGAAAUUUGUCAUGUUAUUCCUGGUAUCAAAGCCACGAGUGGUUAGUCUUGACACUGCUGCUAAAAUCCUAAUUGGUGAUGACCAGAAGGUGGAUUUGGAUCAUAGCAAAUUUAAAACUAAAAUAAGACGACUCUACGAUAUUGCCAAUGUUCUCACCAGCCUUGAACUUAUAAAGAAAGUGCACGUAACGGAGGUGAGAGGACGGAAGCCAGCUUUUAAAUGGAUAGGACCAGAGGCAUUUCCAGAUGUAAAUGAUGUGAAGCCUAUUACACUGACUACCUCAGCUGCAAAUAAUACUCCAUUACCUAAGGUUUCAAAAGAAACAUUUGCCAAGAAUCUUUUCCCCGCCUCUACCAGCAAGCAAAGUUUCACUCGACAUGCAUCUUUAAACCACUUGAUGCCAAACAUGGAGAAUGAUCAGAGGAGGAUCAGCUCUGCGCCUAGUAGCCCAGUUGGCAAAAUCUAUGGUGAUUGGGACAAACCUGGAUUAUAUCCCAGUAAAAUGGACCAACUUGCCACAAUCUGUAAACUUCAAUUGGAGGCACAAUCCAACAAGAAUGCUAGUCAACCCACAACCUUGCCAUCAGAACCAUCUUCCUCACAAGAGAAGUCAAAACUUGAUAAACCUCCUGGACUUGUAGAACCAACUCGAUGUACUGGAGUUAAUUCAUUAUUCCCUCAGGUUAAACCCACAUUUCAGCCUCUUGGAGUCUUUCCUUUGGUGCACAGACAGUAUCCUUCUGUUUUACCAGUGAUGUUACCUCAAUGCCGCUCUGGUGGAUCUUACACGAUUUAUUUCCAACCUGCACAGCCAAGGAACCUGACUGCACCCCCUUCUGCCUUCACAGUACAGUCUAUAUCCCUUGCCACUGAAAAACAAAUUUCGAGUCCAAAUGAUUCAAAGUCAAGAAUCUCUGCCAAUAAAAGGACUGCUGAGAUGUGUGCUGAUGCACCAGGCACAGAUAACAAGGACCAAAGUAGCAAAGCAGCCAAACGUGAUACUGUCCCUGACCAGUGUCUGAAACAACCUUCCACACAUGACCUUAGUGAAGUUUGGAAUUCCAAAAAUUUCAAGGAAGCACCCAAUAAAGAGAGCCAGCCAGCUAAAGAAACUGUUUCAUUGAGGGACCAAUCACCAAAUAAAGAUCAACUUCCUGAGGUUCAUCAGGCAAGGCUGAAGGCCCGCAGAGCCUUGAUGGCAACCAGGGCUUCACCUAGAGCUCUACAUCUUGACCCAGAGUUCAUCAAUGCCCCAGAAGGCAAGAGUCUUGGUUCGGAAAAACUAGAACACAGUGUUGAAUGUUUUCUUGAGAAUGAAGAGAAGUGUGGGAUUGUUUUGUCAGAAGGACAAGCCACCAUGGUCAAAAAUGUGCCGAUGGCAAUUGCAUUUCCUGCCCAUCUUCGUUCAGUGCCGGAGACUGUAAUGCCAUCAGGAUAUCUCAUCCCAUUGCCACAGCAAUCAUCUUGCAAUAACUCAAGUGAUAGAUCUCCUGAAAUGAAAGGCAAUUCUGUGUCAGAGCAACAGCUUUAUCAUUCGCCAUUAUCAGGUAUUACACCAAUGACGACUUCAGAUUUCUCACCAGCUAAUUUACCUGCCACUCAUAUCACCCCUUUGAAAGUGCCUUGUGCAGUGGCUGUUCCUUCUUCAGUCACCACUCUUCCUGUUGUGAGUCAAACCAGCAUAUCACCUUUCACUUCCUCAAGUCAUCAUUUUCCUAGUCACAGUCCCAGCCCAGGAAUCCUGAAUUUCACACUGCAGAAUCUUGGUUUAAUCAAUCCAGGGAUGCACUUUUCAGUGAAUCAGGGACCUUCAAUGACAACUGCUUCUCCAGAGCAAGCUGGUUCUCUCACAGGACACACAAAUCUUCAACAUGGAAAGAUGAUCUUUGUUAAGCCAGUAUCUCCUCAUCACCUAGCCCAUAGCAUUGAUCAGUAUACCACAGCCCAGUAUGUCAGCUACACCUGAAGAUUCUCAAUCAUUCAGUAGGGACAACUUCUUUCGUACUCCAGGCCAUCCACCAUCAGCUUCCAUCCUGUCAUCAGUAUCUACUGUUGUCUCCAAUAGCAAUAGCCCUCAAGGAGAUGUGCACCUUCCUCAACGAAAGCUCAAAGUCUGCACUGAAGAUUUUCAAUGACUUUGAAGUAUCUGGUAAUAUUCAAAAUGGUCUGUUUUUAAAAAAGUUUAAUGCAUUACUAGGUUAAGAACAAAUCUGAGUAGAUUCUAAAUGUGUAACGCAUAAUUUGCGUUUAAUUCAAUUAUUUUUUUGUAUAUGUGUUACCUGGCAGCGCAUAUUGCUCCAAAGAAAUGUAUUUGAAAAGAAGUUUACAUUGUACCAAUGUGACUGUUAACGAUAGCCAUAGUUAACAAAACUGUGAUCUUCUGCCUCAGCAGAAUAAAAUCCAAUAUAAAAUCGUAUUCAUAGAAAGUAAUGUGUUUAAACAUGGCAAAAAUUACAAGGAAUAUUCACUUUGCACACAAAACAUGAAACAUGUUAGGAUGUAUACCAUCCUACCUUAGAAGUUGGUUUAUUGUGUCAGUGUAUAAGUGGUAUAACCAUUUGCACACUAAUUUAGUGGAUUCUGUGAAUAUCAUCCAAAGGGAAUAACAUAUUUGGCAUAGAUGCAUAUAUAGUAUUGAGUCACCUCCUCCACUGAGAACACUAGCUGGUCAUUGUUAUUUCACAACUCAGGUGGUAGAAAAUCACGAUGAAACAAAACAUCUGACAGGAGAUGACAAAUUGUAUGGCUGUAUUUGACAAAGCGUGAUAAUCCAUUGGAGAAAUAACACAAGUACUGUAACUUGUACAUAGUGCUAUAUUUAUAUUACAUUAAAGCAUUAAUUUUAAAUGGAAUUAAAUUUCAAAUUGGUAUACGUACCUAUUCAAUUGUCUCUCGUAAAACCAGUCUAAGCAGGUACUGUGAACUGUAGAAGGUCAUAGGUUUGUAAUGAUUUCUUGGCGCUAUUAACAAUUAAAUCUUAGAACGUGGAAAUCCAAAAUGGCAAGUGAUCUUUGUGUUAGUUCAAUCAAGAUUCUGUCUUAAUUAUUUGAAUUUUAUUUAUAUUCUUGUAUGCUAUUCUGUACUGUGACUGGUUCAAAAUA